AUGUUUCCAAGCCUAGUUGACUUUCAUCACAAAAAUGGUCUGGACCUUGGUGACACUUACAAGAACGACAAUGCCUGUCGCACCUUUGUCCAGGCCAUAGGUCAAUCUAUGAAGGAUGACCUGGUGGAGAAACUAAAAAACACACACUUCUUCUCUGUCAUGUCCGAUUCCAGUGUUGACCGCUCCGUGAAAGAUCAGGAGAUGGUCUACUUGACAUAUGUGGAAGAUGGCAAACCUGUCAAUCAAUUUGUGGACAUUGUUUCAUUGGAGCAUGCCCACAGGCAAGGCAUCGUUGAUGCAAUACGUGUUGGUUUGAGGAAUGUGGGCCUGACUGAGCAAGACUUGAAAUCCCGGAUGGUUGGCUUCGGCUGUGAUGGUGCAUCUGUGAUGAUGGGAGUUCACAAUGGAGUGGCAGCCAAGCUGAAACAAAUGUGUCCCUCAAUUGUACCAAUCUGGUGUGUGGCUCACAGACUGGAGCUGUCAGCGCUUGGCAGCAUCAAAUCAGUGCCUCUGCUGGCUGAAUUGAAGGAGACACUGAAUGGUGUUUACAAGCACUACUCCCACUCUGCAAAAGCUUCCCGUGAGCUCCAUGCACUUGGGAAAGUUAUGGGCAUACAUGUGGUCAAACCAGCAGGAGAAGAUUUGAGUACACAACCUAGUACAUCACAGCAGGACCCCGGUAAACACCACCGCUCCAGUACAGUCGGAUGCCAAACAGACCGUACAAAGACUGUUUCUGUGGGAACUCUACAGAGGGCUGACACACGGUCUGUGGGAACUCUACAGAGGGCUGAGACACGGUCUGUGGGAACACAGACAGUGGAAUUGAAAGUGUCAGUUGCUACACAGUUGUCCCGUGGAACACUGAAGUCGGCACACGUGAGGAGCAAAGGCAUCCAGGCCACGGUUUCUUUCCAAAGUGUUGGCACUGAAACUUCCACCUACCCAGAUUUCCCCUUGGCCUCUACACCAAUAAAGGGCCCAGGACUGGGACCUAGGAAGAGACCUCGACUGGAGUUGGAGGAGGAACAAGGAGAGACUUCAACUGAAUUUGAAGAGACUCUGGAUUCGAGUUACCACCCUGAUGAUUCUGUACUUGCAGAAGAAUCUGACGUAUCACUUCAGACACGAUCCACGCACAGUGAAGCAAAGUACAUUGUGUUUGAAAGCUGCCUCGGACAGCUGUUUGAAAAAUGUCCGGUGUGUAAGAGAGACUGUGAUGUCCAAAGACGAAAACUGGGGACUUUUGUGGCGUUCACACAGCGUUGUCCAAGCUGCAGUUACCUCAGACAAUGGGAGAGCCAGCCCGUCGUCGGAAGUACCCCGGUUGGCAACUUGCAAUUAUCCGCUGCUACAUACUUCAGUGGUGGUUCCUUCUUCCAACUACAAAAGAUAUGCAGAGCCAUGCAGCUGGAGAUCUUCCAGUAUGAGACCUUCAGGAGGCAUGCUAGGAAUUACCUGGAGCCUGCUAUUAUCCACAAGUGGAAGACUGAUCAGCUGAAGAUUUUCCAGCAACUACACCACCAGGGGGGAAAGGUCACAGUUGCAGGAGAUAUGAGUGCAGACUCUCCAGUUAUCCAUUGA